GCAAUUAAUUGAUUGCAAGUACAUUAGAGACAUGAGCAGCAUAUGCUCCAGAUUGUUAUAAGCGCAUCAUUAGAAAGCUUUCAAAAUGAUAAUAAGUCAGGGUUGUAAGCAACAUAUUUUGACAGGUGGAAUCAAUACAAAUUCCUCAAGCAUUUAUUAAAAGAUCAAUUAUUUAUUAAUUGAACCUUAUUAUAAGGUCUGACCAAAAUGAGAGGUGAAUGGAGUCUGGAGGUCUGCGGUACUAUCACAAUUACCAAUGGUUCAGGGGAGGUAUAAGUCAAAUAUGAGAGUAUCACCAUCAUCAUCAACAGCGACAACAGUGGACUGUCCUUUUGUUGCUAGAGUCAGGGGCCCAAGUUGCCCACUAGAGGCCAGUCCCUUCCUUUAAGAUGUCUCGAAGCAGAGAUCCAAAACCAGAGGCACCCCCAGAUUAAUAGUCUCUUGUGAAAAUAUAGGCCAGGACUCCUGGGUGCUGUUUUAGGCUUGGGGCGAGGCACGUGUUCUAACAGAUCAGAAAAAGGAACUGGGAAUCUGGAUGCCUGGGUUCUCUUCCCAGCUCUGGUAGCCAAAUGGGUGCCCAUCUCUGUCUAAUGCCCUGAGCUGAUCACAUGCUGAGGGUUUCCAGCUCCCAUUGAGAGCUAAAUGUCCACUACAUCAUACAAAUUGUGUUCAGAAUCCUGAUGUAUUUGUGACUGCUCAGUUUGUUGUCUGUCAACAAUGACCUGCAUCUAACAAAAUCACCUGUGUACUUCCUCCUCUUCCCUUUAUGGUCUCAUCUGUUUUGCAGGUACACCACCUGGCCCCAAUGGUGAAAGGGAAUCAAACCAAUGUGAAAGAAUUUAUUCUGCGUGGGUUCCCUGGCUCUCGUUAUUUGCAGAUCUCACUCUUCAUGCUAUUCUUGUUCAUGUACCUCUUGACACUCACAGGAAACAUCACCAUCAUAUCCUUAGUGGGCACCCACCGUCGCCUCCACACCCCUAUGUACUACUUUCUCUGCAAUCUCUCCUUCCUGGAGAUCUGGUUCACCACAGCUAACAUCCCAAAGAUUCUUACCAAUCUCAUGUCCCAAAGCAAAACCAUCUCCUUCCUCAGCUGCCUCCUGCAAAUGUACUUUGUCUUCUCCUUAGGCUGCACUGAAUUUCUACUCCUGGCUGUCAUGGCCUAUGAUCGCUAUUUGGCCAUAUGCCUCCCAUUGCGCUAUAGCUCCAUCAUGAACAGCACAUUGUUCAUUCAGUUGGCCAUUGGCUCAUGGGCAGGUGGCUUCCUGACUAUUUCUGUGCCAGCAUUUCUGAUCACCAGGUUGUCCUUCUGUGGCCCUACGGUCAUCAACCAUUUCUUCUGUGACAUAGAUUCUUGGAUAGAGCUCUCCUGCACAGAUACGCGCCUCUUUGAGAUGCUGUACAUUACUAUCAGCUUUAUUGUCAUCCUGGGCUCCUGUACAGUCACCCUGGUCUCCUACAUUUACAUCAUCUCAACCAUCCUGAGAAUCCCAUCUGCCCAAGGACAGAAAAAGGCCUUUUCCACUUGCUCUGCCCAUCUCACCAUUGUGGUUAUUUUGUACAGCUGCUCCAUCUUCCUUUACGUCGACCCGUCUAAACAGAAUUCACUGGACAUGAACAAAAUUGUCUCUAUCUUCAAUACUAUUGUGACACCAUUGCUUAACCCUUUCAUUUACACUCUAAGGAAUAAAGAAGUCAAGGAAAUCUUGAGAAAGGCUUUCAGUAGGACAUGAUCUUAUUGUCCAAUGGAAAUCAUUGAUUUAGGCAGCCUGCGAGGGGAAAUAAGGUGAACUAUCAAAGUAUACUAAUAUUAAAUAAAUUCUUUCUGCUAUCUAAAUAUAAUCAAAUAAUAAUAAUGGAGAAUUUGGCCCAAAAUUUGGAAACUAUAUUACUGGGACUGAGUGUCAUUUAAAAUAAGGCAACUUUGGAUUCUUUUGACAGUGUAAACGUGCCUUAAAAUGGGUGUGACUGUAAUUUACAAGCUCUUAAAGACCCCUUUGCACUGCUGGAAUGAUGGAAAAGGAUCUUCUUUUCAAUGAGGAUCAAGUCCUCGUUCUUUGUGUAUGGAAACUAGCUUGAUAUGAUAUUUUUCUCCUUUUACCCAGAUACUUGCUUCUGACAUUUAGCACUCUAGCAUUUUUGAUGAAGCUCCACAGGCACUGAAAUCACUUUGCUUGCAAUCCAGAAAAUGUUCGUAAGACUCUACGAAAACUUGGAGAAGACUUGGACGUGACUGGAAAGCUGUGAUAAUACUUUGUCACAUCUGUCAACACGAUUAUAUAAAUUGGACAGCUUCUUACAAUUUUUCACAUGAUUUUACAUCUUUCUAACUCCAUUACAACAUUUUGACAAGGCUCUAUGGUCCAGAAGCCAAAGAUAUUUAGGUGCUGAAAUCAGGCUGGGACUUUCCAGGGAGUCUAAAGGAAUUAGUCACUAAGACUUCAUUCACUUUUGGUGGGAUUCGUGGGCCUAACUCUCUUAGGCACCUUUAAAAAUUGCAUCCUAAACAACAAUAAAAUGUAAUCAUGGGUCUAGGUGUGGGUAUUUUGACAUGUGAUGUUGACAAUUUGUGUUAUAACAGUUUAUAAAGCUUACUUUUUUAUAUCUGAAUGUCUACUGCCAUUAGAAAAGUGCCUGGCUACUCCUCCUCCCACCCUCACCCCCUAUAAUUUCCCGCAACAGUGAAAAUAUAAAUGGCUCAAAAUAAAAAAAAAUACUUAAAAGUAAACAUUGAUAUUACCCAUCAAAUUCUGCCAAGCCAAUGUAUAUAACUUUACCCACUCAGGGUAAAAUUUGAGUCAGUGGUGCUACUCAUUACAGUCUGGCCUAGUGAACUUUAGAAAUUUUCUCCUUUCUCCUAUAAUGUUUUAAUAGUGUGGAUUUCAUGUUGUCUUGAUUAGACUGUAAACAUUUUGGGGUAGGGACCACUGUUUAGUUAAUUACCUAGCACAAUGAGGUCCUGGUCCACGAACGCAUGUCUGGGGCUCCCCAGCAGAGCUGGGUUUGUCACUUGGAAAUAGUUGCUGGGAUUUUCAAAGGGGCAUCCAAUUCCCAUUGAAAAUCAUCAUCCAGUUAGUCAGUCCCUUUGGAAAUAUACCUGUCUCCAAGGACUGGAGAGGAAUUUGAAAAGUCAUUGA